AUGUCGGACAUGUCAUAUUCCCAUAUGGAUUACAAAGUGUUUCCAGGCGGCUAUUAUCGUGAUCUUCCAUCGUUUCAGCAACAUACAUCAACCCCAACCAUCCCGCAUGUGCCCGGGGGUAUCGGCGACAUCCCGACCCCCGCGGAUCUCAGUUUGUUAAAUGAUUUUUAUCAGAAGACUGAUAUGUACAAUAUGAAUAUGAACACUAAACCUCCUGGACCCGGGGAUUCAUCUCCAGAUAGCGGACACGGUGGGGACGUUAAAAACGACACAGCAUUGUGCGAGAGUGGGGAGGAGGAGGGAGUGGACAUUGACAGUGGUAUAAUCGACCAGACUCCCCCCGCCCGUCGGUACCAAAGCGACGAGGAAAAUAACGAGAUCAAACCGACGGGACACCGGAAACGGAAACGACCAAUUCCCAAAGGUAAACCACCGUACAGUUACAUUGCUCUUAUUAGUAUGGCCAUCUGUAACAACACAGAGCGGAAGCUUACCCUCAAUGACAUUUACAAGUUUAUCACUGACAAAUUCCCUUACUUCCGGGACCAUCCUAACCAAAAGGGCUGGAAAGGGUCAAUACGUCACAAUUUGGCACUCAAUGACUGUUUUGUGAAGCUACCCCGUCGCCCCGGGAUGAAGGGACACGAGUGGGCCAUAGAUGCGGAAUAUGAGGACAUGUUCGAUCACGGCAGUUUUCUGAGGAGGAGAUACCGUUUUAAGGAUGGCGUGCGUAAAAAGGCCCGCCAUUCAUCGGCACCAAGUUCGAUAGGGUCCCCAGAUGUGUUUUUACAGCCCCAGCGCCAUCACGUUGGUCUCGGCUGCCUUGAAAACAAAAUGGCACAACUACAUCCUACCAACAACACGUUUGGGAAUUCGUUUGAUCUCCAACAUGACUAUGCUACUUCCGUUGAGGAGAGAUCCGCUAAUAAUGGCCUAUGGAAUCCGUUUGUGAAUGACAACGCGCAGACGACACCAUUGGCGCAUCCUGCCAAAAGUCCCCCGUCGUAUGACGCCGCGUGCGCUACGUCUCCGCCAUCUCAAAUGACGUCACCAUGUAGUGAGAGUCAUACUCCGACAGAUGCCACCAGUAGGUACCAGGCUUACAUGAACGGUGUAACUGGAUUCUGGAAUCCUAGCGGCGUUCACCAUUCACAGGCCUUACAGAUUCCGAAUUUCAACAUGGCACAUCCUUCUGGAAUUAAAAGUGAGUGUUUAAGCCCUCUAGGCAACGCGACGAACAUGUGGAAUUCGCCAUAUUUGGACCCGGGGUUUGCGUUUAAAUCUCAACCGUACCCAUUCCAGGGACUCGUGAGCCCGGCUUCACAGGACAAGAACUUCCAGAUGGCCCGUGCCCCGGGGCCUGGACUCCUACCCCCGUGGUCGAUGUCUACCCCUCAGCAGUGA